AUGGAUCCCUUGGUUUGGCCAACAGGAACUAACAGCUUUCGACGUUUCACCCCUGAGUCCUUAGCAGCAAUUGAGGAAAGAAUUGCUGAGAAAAAAAAGCAGCAAGCCGCAGUUAACCAGAAGCAUAAGGAUCAACAAGUUGAAGAAGAAAAACUUAGUCCUCAGCUUGAUCUGAAAACCUACAAAAAACUGCCAUCUCUAUAUGGGGAUGUUCCUGUGGAACUCAUUGGGGAACCCUUGGAAGAUCUUGAUCCGUACUACAGUGAUCACAAGACUUUUAUGGUCAUAAAUAAAAGGAGGACUAUUUUCCGGUUUAGUGCCACACCUGCCUUGUGUAUAGUUGGCCCUUUUAAUCCAGUCAGAAAAAUGGCAAUUAAAGUUCUGACCCAUUCAUUAUUUGUUUGCUUUAUUACAUGUACUGUAAUACUCAAUUGUGCUUCCAUGGCUGUAAAUAGUUUUCCAGAAAAUCUCAACUGGACUGAAUAUAUUUUUACUGGCAUAUAUACUGGUGAAAUAUUAAUAAAAAUAUCAGCAAGAGGAUUUGUUUGGGAUGAAUUUACCUUUCUUCGAGAUCCAUGGAACUGCUUGGAUCUUGUCGUUAUUAUUGUAAUGUAUGUUACUAUGUGUAUCACCACGAGCAAGUUUUCAGCUCUUCGAACUUUCCGAGUACUGAGGACUUUGAAAGCUAUUUCAGUAAUACCAGGUCUGAAAGUCAUCGUAAAUUCACUUAUUGAAUCUGUGAAGAAACUUACUGAUGUCCUGAUCUUGACUGUUUCUUGCCUGAGUGUAUUUGCUCUAAUAGGCCUCCAGCUUUUUAUGGGAAAUUUAACAUCCAAAUGUGUCCUCAGUAACGUGACAUACAAUGAUUCACUGUGUAAGGAUGCCAAGAUAUAUGUACCAAAUAAUGGAGGUAAAAUUUAUUCUUUCUUUGAUAUCUGCUACAGAAUGAAUAAAUCUUCUGAAAUACUGCUCUGUGGGUUCAGCUCACAUCCUAAAAACGAGUGUCCAGAAAACUACAGCUGUGAGAAGAUUGGGAAGAAUCCUGACUUUGGUUACACAAGUUUUGAUCAUUUUGGCUGGGCCUUCCUUUCUUUAUUCCGUUUGAUGACACAGGAUUGCUGGGAGCGCCUCUACAGACAAACUAUCCGUACAUCUGGAAAGAACUACAUUUUGUUUUUUCUGGCAGUCAUCUUUUUAUGUGCAUUUUAUCUCUUCAACCUGAUCUUGGCUGUAGUAACUAUGGCAUAUGAAGAGCAAAAUAAAGCUACUCUCACUGAAACACAGACAAAGGAAAAAUUACUUCAGGAUGCCAAACAAAUUCUAGAGAAAGAAAAGAUGUUGGCUGCAGGAGAAAAUAAGGGUUUAAAUGUCAGUUCUGAAGCAUCAUUUGCUGAGUUGGAAAAUUCAAAAGAAAAAGAGAUGAAGCAAGAAAAACCUGUUUUAAGACAAAACUUAAUUUUAGGUGAUCGUGGCCAAGAGGAGCAUGUCUUUCAGUCGCAGCCUGGUCACUGCCAGAAGAAACUUAGGCAGAUACUGUUGUCCUAUGAAUUGUCAGUGGAAUCCAUUAGUGAUCCUUUUCGGAGACAGAGGUUAAUGAGUGCAGCCACUGUUAUUACAGAUAAUUUGGAACUGCAAGAGUCAAAACUGAAAUGCCCUUCAUUUUGGAAACGUUUUGCUCGGAAGUAUCUCAUUUGGAAUUGUUGUCCGUUCUGGAGAGCAGUCAAAGAGAAGGUGAAAUUGGUAAUUUUGGAUCCAUUUGUUGAUCUCCUAAUCAUGGUUUGCAUUAUUGUCAAUACCUUCUUCAUGGCUCUGGAGCACCCUGACCUGCAGUCUGAAUACAAAACCAUGAUUUAUAUAAGUGACAAGGUCUUCACCCUGAUUUUUACAGCAGAAAUGGUCUUGAAAAUCAUUGCUCUAGAUCCUUACAACUAUUUCCAGCAAAAAUGGAAUAUUUUUGACAGCAUAGUUGUUAUGAUUGGCCUAAUAAGCUUUCAAGAAAAUCUGUCAGCUUUCAGGCUGCUCAGGAUCUUCAAAUUGGCAAAGUCCUGGCCAGCAUUAAAUACUCUCAUGAAAAUAAUUCUAAACUCAGUUGGUGCUCUGGGUAACCUCACUCUGGUUUUGAUUAUCACUGUAUUUAUUUUUGCUGUAGUAGGAAAGCAGGUUUUGGGCACUUACUAUGACACUAAUCGCCUUAAAAUCAGCACUGAUGGGAAUUUACGCUGGCAUAUGAAAGAUUUUUGUCAUUCAUUCCUGAUUAUAUUCCGAAUAUUAUGUGGAGAAUGGAUUGAAACCAUGUGGGAAUGUAUGGAAGUGGCUGGAAAAGGGCUAUGUCUUCCCAUUUUCUUGCUAGUCCUGGUGAUAGGAAACCUGGUGGUUCUCAACCUAUUCAUUGCCUUGCUGCUGAGUUCCUUCAGUACUGACUCCUCGAUGGGACAAGAGGAACGUGGACAAAAGACCAAAUGUCAAAUUGCCAUUGCACGGAUUUACAAGGGCCUGCAGUCUGUGAAAGACAGAAUUUGCGAUCGUUGUGGCGAGAUAAUGAAACGGAGACACAAAACAACGGCCAAAAGGAAGACUUUGGUGAAGAUUAGUGUCAAAGACAUAGAAAGCAAUAACUAUGCCAUGACAGAGGUCAGAAAGGAGGUAGACAACAGUAGUUUUGACAUUGACUAUUGCAAUACUGAAGAGAGUUCCUCAAUAACAAGGAGAUACAGAGGAUUUUUAAGGAGUCGUAGUACGUGUGUUCCCAUUGAAGCCCCAGAGACGUGCACAGAUGAAGGUGAUGAUAAGCACAAUGCCUGCACAGAAACAGACUAUGGAAAACAGAAAUGUGAUUCUGGUAGCUAUUCUGAAGCCAGCACUGUGGAUCCAGUUAUUCUUCUGGAGGUGUUUUCCCAGCCAAAAAAGUCAUACCUACCUAAGGACUGUUUUGGAGAAAGUUGUGCUGAAUAUUUCCCAUGUUGUGCAGUGGAUGUCACUAAGUUUCCUGGCAGAACUUGGUGGAGAUUUAGAAAAACCUGCUACAGAAUCGUUAAACAUAGCUGGUUUGAAAAUUUUAUAAUUUUUAUGAUAAUAUUGAGCAGCGCAGCACUGACGUUUGAAGAUAUUCACCUGCAUAAGAGAGAAAGAGUGAGAAUUGUCCUAGAGUAUGCUGAUAGGAUAUUCACCUACAUCUUUUUGUUGGAGAUGCUUCUGAAAUGGGUAGCUUAUGGUUUGCGUAGUUAUUUCACAAAUGCCUGGUGUUGGCUUGACUUCAUCAUUGUAUGUGUAAGUAUCACUAUUGUUGAGGAUCAUGUUGGUUAUAAAAAGCUUUUUGAUGCCCUGAAGUCUCUCAGGACUCUUAGAGCACUGAGGCCUCUACGAGCUUUGUCAAGAUUUGAAGGAAUAAAGGUUGUUGUGAAUGCACUCUUGGGAGCUAUCCCCUCAAUCCUGAAUGUUCUGCUUGUGUGUAUUGUCUUCUGGCUCCUGUUUAACAUUGCAGGAGUAAAACUACUUGCAAAAAAAUUUUCAAAAUGUGUACUCCAGAAAGGAAAUAUUAAUCUAAUUAAUAACACUGAUGAUUGUGCUGCCUAUAAUGGAAGCUGGACAAACAGUGAUGUAAACUUUGAUAAUGUUGGGAUGGGGUACUUGGCUCUCCUCCAAGUGGCAACUUUUAAAGGUUGGAUGGAUAUUAUGUAUGCAGCAGUGGAUUCACGUGGGGUGGAUGAACAGCCAAAGUUUGAAGCAUUCUUAGCCAUGUAUAUGUAUUUUGUGAUUUUCAUUAUUUUUGGAUCUUUCUUCAUGCUGAACCUUUUCAUUGGAGUGGUUAUCAGCAAUUUUAACCAACAAAGGAAAAAGAUAAGUGGAAAAGAUCUGUUUUUGACUGAGGAACAGAAAAAAUACUAUAAUGCCCUAAAAAAACUUGGAUCCAAGAAACCUCAAAAACCCGUCCCAAGACCAUUGAAUGCAUUCCAAGGACUACUGUUUGAUAUAGUAUCACACAAAGCAUUUGACAUUACCAUUGUGAUCUUCAUCUGUCUAAACAUGCUUGUUAUGAUGGCAGAAACUAACCAGGAGAGCAUCAAGAAUGUUCUUAAUAAAAUCAACUAUUUUUUUGUGGCAGUAUUUACUGCAGAAUGUGUCAUCAAAAUGUUAGCCUUAAGGCAAUACUUCUUCACCAGUGGCUGGAACAUAUUUGAUUUAGCUGUUGUGGUCCUUUCACUAGUUAGUACUGGACUUUCUGAAGCCUUUCGAGCUUUCUUCUCUCCUACACUUUUAAGAAUUUUUCGUCUGGCACGAAUUGGCCGAAUCCUGAGGUUAAUUCGAAGAGCUAGAGGAAUCCGGACUCUCCUUUUCGCAUUACUGAUGUCUCUGCCUGCACUCUUCAACAUUGGCCUUUUGCUUUUCCUGGUUAUGUUCAUUUAUGCCAUUGUAGGCAUGGCAAACUUUGCCUGUGUUGGCUGGGAAGGUGGGAUCGACAACCUUUUCAACUUUCAAACCUUUGAUAGUAGCAUGCUCUGUCUCUUCCAAAUUACAACAUCAGCUGGCUGGGAUGGGCUUCUGGUCCCUGUGUUAAAAAGCUCUAAUUCAUGUGCUCCCAACUUAAAUUUAACAAAUGAACAGAGAAACAAUUGCACAAAUAAGGGGGUCGGCAUUUUAUUCUUUGUGAGCUACGUCAUCAUAUCAUUUCUCAUUGUUGUCAAUAUGUACAUAGCUGUCAUUUUAGAGAACUUCAGUGUUGCCACUGAAGAAAGCACAGAUCCUCUUUGUGAGGAUGACUUUGAUAUGUUUUAUGAGACCUGGGGAAAAUUUGAUCCUCAGGCAACACAGUUUAUUGAGUAUUCUGCUCUUCCAGACUUUGCAGACGCUCUGGCAGGACCCUUACGCAUUCCAAAGCCUAAUAAAAUUCAGCUCAUAUCCAUGGACCUACCUAUAGUUAGUGGAGAUAAGAUCCACUGCUUGGAUAUCUUGCUUGCCUUCACCAAAAGGGUCUUGGGAGAAUCUGGAGAUCUGGAUGGUCUUGAAUUACACAUGGAAGAAAAAUUUAUGGCUGCCAAUCUAUCUAAAGUUUCUUACAAGCCAAUUACCACUACCCUUAAAAGAAAACAAGAGGAGGUAUCAGCUCUUGUCAUUCAAAGGGCCUUCAGGAGGUAUUUGGUGCAGCGUUCCUUUAAAAAGAAAUCCUUCUUAUACCGUCAGAAACAUUAUAGCAGUGCUGUCUUUGAGGAAGAAACACGUGAGAGGGAAGGUCUUAUUGCAUCAAUGUCUAAUGAAAGUAAUGGGGGGAAGCUAGACAAAUCACGGACUAUGUCUUCCAUAUCUCUCCCUUUAUGUUAUGAUGGUAUUGCUGAAACAGAUAGUGAUAAUAACAUGGGCACAUAA